AUGUCCUCCGUUAUCGAGACGAUACCCAUCGAUCACGUGCCCGCGGAUAUCGCUGUUCAUGUCGCCUUCUUCAAGGACGUCCAGAACGCCGCCUUCCUGCACCAGCAGCUCCUCGACCGCAACGCAGACUUCGAAUAUGCUCUGAUAGACGCCUCCGUCGCCGUUUCACGUACUCAUAUCCUCGCUGCCGCCUUCAAGGCCGUCACCGCAAAGGUCGACGGCAGCCUCAAGACCCCCAACGUCCACUCGGAGCUCGUCGCUUCUCUGAGCUCUGCCAACAACAUCGCCGAGGCCUACCGCCGUUUCGGUAUCAGCCCCUCCAGCAAGGACGUCAUUGCCGUCAAGAUCAGCUCCCCCGCCGCCGUGCCGUCCGCUGAAGAAGUAGAGCAGCAUCUGAAGGAGAACUUCCAGGGCACCCCAGUACCCUUCACGGACGAAUCCAUUGCCACAUCCACAGACUGGGCCAAGGUCCGCAAAUACUACAAGCUGAAUGGUCUUGCCUGGCUUGACGCCAUUAAGGAUGAGGAGGAACGUAGGGGGCAGCUGGAAACACUUGUUCUGGGAGCCAUGGCAUUACGCACCGCCUAA